GUGAAGCACGUGACUCGGAGGUCGAGCCAGGAGCUCUGAAGUCACGUGGGCAACAGCGUCCCGACAAAAACAACGCAGCCAUUGUUUUGGCGUACAUAACUUUAUAGCUUCAUUUAAAUGCCGCUGUGUACUUGUCUCUAGCUGCACUUCUGGCGAGGACGCUUCUGGAGUCAUCAGGUGUUCAGCAUGGCAGACUGUGGAGAAAUGGACUGUUCAGUGAAUGCCAUGGCUCCCUCCAAGCUGAUGGAGGAAGUAGGAGAUAUAACAGACCCUUCCGGUUCCACCACCAUCCCCCCGGAGUGUGCCAUCUGCCUCCAGAGCUGUGUCCACCCUGUGCGCCUCCCAUGCCUCCAUGUUUUCUGUUUCCUGUGCGUUAAAGGUGCCUCCUGGCAGAGCAAGCGCUGUGCUCUCUGCCGACAAGAGGUCCCACAGGACUUCCUGGAGCGGCCAGUUCUCCUGUCACCCGAGGAACUGAAAGCAGCGGCUGCAGGGGUGAGCCGGAGUGGAGCGACAGGGAGCGGCUCCCGUGGAGACUAUGCCUGGUAUUAUGAGGGGCGCAACGGCUGGUGGCAGUAUGAUGAGAGGACCAACCGUGAGCUGGAGGAGGCCUUCACUAAGGAAAGGAAAAGCACAGAGAUGCUGAUUGCAGGGUUUCUGUACGUGGCCGACCUGGAGAACAUGGUGCAAUAUCGUCGAAAUGAGCAUGGCCGCAGACGCAAGAUAAAGCGGGACAUUGUAGAUAUUCCCAAGAAGGGAGUUGCAGGACUAAGGUUAGACCCCGAACCUGUCCCCAUUCUUUCUGUACCAGUCGUCACCCCAGCUGCAACAGAACGCAUCAACUCAGCGGACGGAUCGGACACUGAUGGCCAAUCACAACCUCCGGUCUUUGGGAUCAUGGCAUCUCUUCCCCCUGUUAGACCGCCAACACUCCUGGGGCGCCAUCUUACCAGUCCCCUUCCUUCCUCGCCGUCAAGUGUCGAAGAGUCGUUCUCCCAGCUCCUGAUCAGCCAGCCAGGGGGUGAAGAGGUGGAAGGAGACGAUGAGACGUACGAGUAUGCAUCCGGCAGCAGUGAAAGUGAGGAGGAAGGGGAGUGCGAGAGAGGGGCAGCAGAAUCGAUGCGAAGACAUCGGCAAAGACCGUUAAGAGAGAGCCAGCCAGCCAGGAUGCCUCCAAGGGGCGGGCCCUCCAGCUCUGCUCUCAGUCUCCGCUCACGAAGUCCUGAUGGACAGUGCACUGUUACAGAAGUGUGACUGGGCAACGAUAUUUGUCCAACAGAUGACGGUGCAGGUUGUCAAAAAAAAAAUUGAAAACUACUACGCAUCUUCAAAGGUCCCAUGAAAUGAAAAAUAUAGUUGUUUUUUUUUACCGCAUCCAUCAUGUGCCAAAUAUGAUCCUAAAAUUAAUCGGUCUCUUUUCUUACAUCGAAAUAUUCAACGAGCUCCAUCCAAUUGAAUGUAAUCUUAGUUUUGUAUGGGAUCCAAACCUGCAGCUCUCCAAAGGUAACUAGCAGGAGCAGCAUUAACAUGGGUCAUUGCCGUGUACUUUGAUGUUUGUUUUGAAUAUUACAAUUGACAGGUCUCUAUACUGUAAUUAUUUAACUCCUGGGAUAAACUAAUGCAGAGAAUAUUCAAGUUGACAAGUUGUUAAUAUAAGAACUGUGGUAAACAAAUCAAAUCACGUCUUCUGUUUUAUAAAUUGUGCAAAUUCCUGAGUUUAAUUUCCCUGUUAAAAAUUCUGGAAAUCUCCUGACACUAUGCAGCCCUAGUUACAACAUUUAAGGCAUUUCAUGGGACCUUUUUAAACAUGUUUUUAUUUUAUUUUUUUGACAACUUAAAAAGCAAGAUUCAGCCAGCAAUACACUGUACACAAUGGUAGUCAUGCACCGCUCUCAGAAACAGGUUAUGCAGUGAAGCAUAACUCUUGUUCUUGAUGAACUUUGGUAACUUCUUGGUCAAUGCUGCCAAGAAAACUACCAUCAGUCGCUGCCCUGUGACAGCAAUACAACUUGGAAAUUAAACCGCACCCUCUUUGUUCUCUAAUCUUUAGUUUUCAUUUUCUUUCUUUCUCUCUUUUGAAGUGAUGGUGUACACAUUCAGCUUAAUUGUAGCAGCUUAUGUAAAUGUUCCAGAGAGAUAAAAUUGCUCACAUUUUCCUGCCUGCUGAUUAGGUUUUUUUUUUUUAUGUUGAAGUUUGCAUCUGGAUCUAAUUAAUAAUAUUUAAACUGGAAUGUGUGUGGGUGUUAAAGCGUGGGAGGACAGGCGGGGGGGGGGCUGCUUUCCUUCUAUUUUAGUGUGGAAGUCUUGUUUAAUAAUGAGGAGUGUUUGCGUUGUGAGUGGAGGUGGGGGCUGAAAAGCUACUGGCAAAACCACUGGAAAGUAUCACGCUAUAUAUGUAGAGACUCAUUUGGUUUUCCAUGUCUUGUCUUGUACUCUCGAUGCGCCGACUAUCGGAGCACUGACAUCUCACGCUGUCCUCACGUGCUCUGUGUUUUCCUUUUUCUGUAUCGGCUGCUAUUAUUUUAAUUGUCAACUUUUUGCUGUUUGCGUCUUACCAUCUGAAUUACCCAAACGUGUGUGUGGCGUUUCCCUGUAUUUUUUGUCAACUUAUUAAAUGUCUAUAAUUUAAAAGCA